AUGAAAACCCCCGGAGUUGACAAGGACAUUGACAACUAUGUUUAUCACCAAUUGACAACUGACCCAGACCUCCAUCGAUGGAAACACGAUCGUGCCGAAAUUCAGGCUGCAUUAACAGAACGUGCACAAGGAGUGUUUCUUUACGUGGCCUCCCAAUUGCAACAACCUCUAAAAGAGGUUCAUCUCAAGUGCGAUCGCAAUGCGGUCCUUCAGGACUUGCCUCUUGAUAUGAAUGAAAGCUACGCGUGGCUUUUGCGUAGUAAAAACAUCACCGUAAGCCUCCAGGCUCUAGUUGUCAACACUCCAAUUGUCAAUAUUGCCCACUCCUUGGUUCAGCACUACCUUGAGUCGGACACUAUCCGAAUACAGGACGUUGCCGCGUUUGCAAUCGAACGUGGCUCUGCAAACAGAGAACUUGCACAGAUAUGUCUGGUGUACCUCAAAUCCGCCCUUUCAGAUGGGACAACAGGCCAAGAAAAGAACGAAAAAUUCCCAUUCGCUCUUUUCGCUGCUAUGGAAUGGUUUCACUACUACGCGGCAUGUCAGGAUAAAGACUCUAGUCUCAAGGAUCUUGCAUUUGACCUUUUUAAUGAUGGAAAAGGCGGCUGCUUCAAUGCUUGGAUCCAGCUCCAUGAUGUGGAUUCCCGCAUGGAACAAUUGGCAAAACAUGGAGCAGGAUCUGAUGUGAACGUCCAGGGUGGAAGAUAUGGCAACGCACUCCGGGUGGCAUCUUUCAAAGGAGACGCCGCAGUGAGUGGAAAAUAUGGUACUGCACUCCAGGCAGCAUCUUUAAAGGGCCAUAAAGAAGUGGUGGAUAUUUUGCUGAGCCAUGAAGCUGAUGUCAUCAUCCAAAGUGGACAACAUAACACUGCACUCCAGGCGGCCUCCCUUAAUGGCCAUAAGGAAGUAGUGCGGGCUCUGCUUAAACGCAAAGCGGAUGUCAAUUCCCAGGGUGGAAAAUAUGGCAAUGCAUUCCAGACGGCAUCAACCAAUGGUCACAAGGAAGUGGCGCAGCUGUUAUUAGAACGGGGUGCACGGGUCAGCCUUGAAACCCUAAGCAAGGAACUUCAGAUGGCAUCCAUGCGCGGCGACAAAAAAAAGGCGGAAAAACUCCUGAAUAUGGCUCAAAAGGUUUCAAAUGGCGAUCUACAAGUUGCUAUAGAUACUGCACUGCUGAGUGCAUCGGUUUUCUGCCAUGAGAAAACGGUGAAGCUUCUCCUGCAGAAAGGUGCGAAUGUCAAUGCUCGAGGUGGGCAUCUCGGUUAUCCACUUUAUGCCGCAUCGUUGACCCAGCGAGAGAUGCUUGUGCAGGCGGUGUACCAAUAUUGCUCGGAACUACAUAUAGAUGUUACUGCUACCAAGGAGCUUGCCGAUGGGAAUGCGCGUGGAGUCUCGUUCAUGACUACAGCCCUGCAAGAGAAAUCCAGUCUACACCGAGUAUUUGAGAAAUUCUCGGCGAUGCUUGUGAAUGAUUUGUAUACAGACGGCUUCUCCGCAGACUUUGAGUGGAUUGGUAUAUCAUCCGAAGAGUCUGAGAAAGUGGUAGAGAUACUACCGGCCAAUGGUGCUGACGUGAACGCCCAAAGUGGAAAGUACGGCAACGCACUGCAAGCUGCAUCUCACAUCGGAAAUGAAAAAGUGUUUAAAAUUUUGUUGGAUAAUGGAGCCGACGUGAAUGCGCAAGGCGGAUUUUAUGAUAUAGCGCUCAGUGCCGCUUUAGCUGGAGGUCAUAGUGGAGUGGAGCAGAUAUUAAGAGACCACCAAGCCAAUACUGCAAGGCGCACUGGCGCUGAGCCAGCUGAAAUCUUCUCUGAUAUACAUCGUUGUACUUAA